UAGCCAGUUGGAUCCGUCCAAUUGCGCUUUGUGUCACGCUUUUGGGAUUAAAAUAUGAUAUAAUUUAGUUUAAGUAUCUUUUUUCAGAAAAAUAUAUACUGACUAACUCGUGGUUGGUAGUUUUUAAGAGCGUGUUGUUGACUUUACAGAUUAAACGCUGCUUUUAAGCCUGCCGAAGGACAGAAAAGAGGGUUGAUUGAAGUGCGAAGCGUUUCGAAAUGGGACGCGUCCAGAGGGAAUCUAGCCGCUCUUCUAAUCACGACACCGUAACGAGGAAAAAGUGGUAAAGAGGAGCAGGGCACAAUUAAAUUGCAGCGUAAACAGAGCUUCGGACGAGGGGAAAUCCGGGACGCGAACCCGCUCCGAGCACCUUCCUCUGUUUACUUCACUUCGUAUCCGAGCUGCGGCGGCUGCAGGCUCCCCCGGACACCAUGGUUUGUGCUCCUCUCAACAGAUGAUUUGCCUCAACGGAGCAGAAAUGAGACGAGCGUAGGCAGCGUGUCUCUAAAACAAGCCCCAUUGUUUGUGCUGUGUCGAACCGAGCCGCCCAGAAGAAGAUGGGUCAUCCUACCCUGGAGUUCAGUGACUGCUAUCUGGACAGUCCAGACUUCAGGGAGACUCUCAAGUGUUAUGAGCUGGAUCUGGAGAGGAGCAGUAAAUUCCUCAAAGAGUUGAUUAAAGAUGGCAACAGUGUGAUCACUGCAAUCAAGGGGUAUUCUGUGGCAGUGCAGAAGUUUUCCCAGACUCUCAGUGCGUUCCAGUUUGAUUUCAUCGGCGAUUCCCUGACAGACGAUGAGAUCAACAUUGCUCAGUCGUUCCAGGAGUUCGCCGGCCUCCUGCAGGAAGUGGAGCACGACAGGACGAUGCUGGUUCAAAAUGCAUCCGAUCUGCUCAUCAAGCCCCUGGAGAAGUUCAGGAAGGACCAAAUAGGAGUAACAAAAGAAAAGAGGAAGAAGUUCGAGAAAGAGAGUGAAAAAUAUUACUCCCAGUUAGAUAAGCACUUGAAUCUUUCUGCUAAGAAGAAAGAGACUCAACUCCAAGAGGCUGAUGAACUCUUAGAGAAAGAGCGGUUGAACUUCUAUGAAUCGUCUGUGGAGUACGUGUACCAGAUCCAUCAGGUGCAGGACAGGAAGAAGUUUGACGUGGUGGAGCCGGUGCUGGCCUUUCUUCACAGCAUUUUAACGCUCAACAACCUGACAGUGGAGAUGACUCAGGACUUCAUGCCUUACAAGCAGGAGCUGCAGCUCAGCUUGCAGAACACACGAAACCACUAUGAGAGCACUUGUGAGGAGUUGGAGGAGCUGAUGAAGAGAAUGAAACACCCGUCCCAGCUGUAUAAAAUGCACAGCUUUCUGCCCAUGGAGGGUUAUCUGUACUGCCAGGAGAAGUGGGCUUUGGGUGUAUCAUGGGUCAAAUAUUACUGCAGGUAUCACAAGGAAGGUAGACGUCUGGUCAUGGUGCCUUGUGAACAGAAGCCUACAACUAAACAGGGCCCGACGCAGCUGACACUGAAAUCCUGCAUCCGCCGGAAGACGGAGUCUAUCGACAAGCGCUUCUGCUUCGACGUGGAAACCAACGAGAGAAACACACCCGUCACUUUCCAGGCUCUUUCGGAGGGAGACCGGAAGUUGUGGAUGGAGGCCAUGGACGGAAAGGAGCCUAUUUAUCAUUCCCCAAUUCACAAGCAAGCUGAAAUGGAACUGAAUGAAAUCGGGUUCAAGUUUGUGCGAAAGUGCAUCAACUACAUUGAAACAAAAGGAGCCACACAAGAAGGAGUGUACAGAACAGUUGGCAGCAACAUCCAAGUGCAGAAGCUUCUAAAUGCCUUCUUUGAUCCUACAAACCCAGGAGAUGUGGAUCUCCACAGCAGCGACUGGGAUGUGAAAACCAUCACAAGCGCAUUGAAGUUUUAUCUCAGGAGUCUGUCUGAACCUCUGAUGACCUACAGUUUGCACAGAGACCUCGUGUGUGCUGCAAAAUCAGAUAAUCUGGACUUUCGACUCAGUGAAAUUCACUCUCUUACCUACAAACUGCCAGAAAAGAAUCGGGAAAUGCUGGAGAUGCUUAUUAAACACUUGGUCAAUGUGUGCGGUCACAGUGAAGACAACCUGAUGACCCCUUCCAACAUGGCGGUUAUCUUUGGACCCACACUCAUGAGGGCGAAGGAGGAGACGGUGGCGGCCAUGUUGGACAUCAAGUUCCAAAAUAUUGUGGUGGAGAUUCUGAUUGAGGACUACAAAAAGAUCUUCAGUUAUAUGCCAGAGGACAGCGCUGCCCCACCUGUCCCUCCUCCGCGCAUCACCCCGAGAAAGCGGCAACCCAUCACAAUCUCCAAGCGGCCAGCCCGUGUUUAUCAAGCUCUUAGUCACGACCACUUCCAACACACAGAGAAUGGUCAAAAUGACACCCCCACUGUGGACGAGGACGUCUCUGUGAACCCCAUUCCUCUACAGCGAUCAAAACCUGUAAGCUUCGCUCCUCUUGUUCCACGAGAGCCUCCACCGAGACAAGCGUUAAUGCCCAGGGCAGCUAACCGUCAGGAGAGACAAACGGACUCGGAUGCUACGAAGAUGAACGAUACUAGGCAAAGGCCAGAUUCAUCUUCAACACCAAAUGGGGAGCCUGGACUCUAUGUGAGCAGGGUGCCGUCGUUUCAGAGCAGAAAACCACCUCCAAAGAGCUCAUCAGCCAACAGAGAAGGAGAUUCUGAUGGUCUGACAAGAACAAGGUCGACAGAGAAACCUGCCAUUUGUAGACCGCCAGUCAGGCCUCCGGAGCCCCCGUCUAGAUGCCCCGCCCCACUAAAGCCCCCAAGUGCAGCCAGCAGUGAGGGCACAGCCACAUCCUAUGUUGCAUCUAAGACAAAGUUUUUUGAGAAUGCCUCCAAGAAUGUUGGCAGUCCACCAACCUCUCCGUCACCAACAGUAGGGACAAAUGUUAAAAAACAGAAUUAACGUUGAAGAGACUUAAGCGACAUCAUGUGACCGCUGCAUGUGCAGGUCAAGCCGGUCACCACCGAUGGUCAGCUGUGACUGUAUGAGAAUUGACUGAAGAAAAGGCUCUCAACAGAACUAGAUGAGUUUCUUUUGUUCUGUUUUUAGUGGUAGGAAUCGUGUUGUAAAGGAACACAGCAGCAAAAUGUCUUCAGAAUGACCUCGUAAAGUAGCUGGUUCUGCAUUUGAUCCUUAUUCCAAAGUGAGGCUGCAGUAAAAGCCCCCCGUUUUUUCCCUGUUCCCCAGCUGUCGGGUAAUAUUACAAUCUGUAGUCAUUUUACUGCGUGUAAUUGUUUGAAUAACUCUUGGCCAACUUUAUUAGUGGGAUUAACUGCUGUACUGAUUCUGUUAUGUCUGCACUGUUAAGAGUUGAUUACAGCAGUGUGAAAUAGAUUUCCCAAAGAAAACUGCUUGAUUUAAAACUGACUUAAUCAGCUUCCAUUUGAAAAUCGAAACAAUUGCCUAAAUAUUAACUUCUAGAUUUUAUGAAAUGGACUGUGUAUUGUGGUUGAGAUGGUGGAAACUAUUUGCAUAUAAAUAAACUCCUAGAAAUUACAUUUCAGUAUUAAAUCAAAUAGUGAGGCACAAAAUUUACUAAUGACAUAAAAGACUUGUCUGAACAAAAUGGAUGAAAAAUGAAUAAGCAAAAGCCGCAUUGAAACUAAUUAUCUCUUAAGGCUGUUUUUGUUGGUCAUGAAGAAUAUUUAGAACAAACUUUAAUCCUCUGUGUCCAUUGAGGCAUAACUCAAACAUAAGUCACUUUUGAAGAGGCAUUACAGAGAAGUAUUUUGCUCAAGUGUCAGCCUGUAUUCCAGUCAGCGUAGUUUGACUUUACAGUGAAUGUAUGGUAGGGUUUUUUGUUUUUUGUUUUGUAAAAAAAAAAAAAUCCUUUUAAGACAGAUUUCCAAGUGUGCAUUCCAUCAUUUUUUACCUAAUGUAGGUAGGUCAGGUUGUACAGGAGAGUCCUCAAAGUUUACCUGAAUUUGUUGCACCUCAGAUGAAUGGUUAGGAUUAAAACGUAGGUCAAACAUGAAACAAAAUUGAUUGUUACAACAUGUGAAUAUCGCACUCCAUUGUUUUUGUUUUUUAUUUCUUUGCUCCUAUAGCCGUUCUGUUCAUUCUUUGAUUGCAUUUUUGAUAACCCAACUUGAAAAUAACUGGUUUUGUCUGACUUUCAAAGAGGAAAAUAAACGUGAAGAGCUCUUAA